AUGAGCGGUCUUUCCUUUCUAUUGCUUCUUUUGGUUGGGUCGGCGGAGCUCCGGAGCCACGUCCGCCUCCCUCCGCCGUCCGCCCCGGGGGAGGCGCACCCUGGCCGGGCUGAGGAUGCCUCGGCGGUGCCCCGGACUGGUGCGGAGACUCGAGACGACCCGAGCGGAUACUUCACCACCCCGCGGCUUGACCCCAACGCCGGACUCCUGGGGAAUUCGUCGUCUACGUCCGGCGGGUGGCCGCAGCCGCUCGGGGAAGCCUCAUACUGGGCUUACGCGUUGAUGCUGCUGGCCCUGGUCCUCUUCUCGGUGGGCAUGGUGGGCAACCUGGCGCUCAUGUGUACUGUGUGGCACAACGUGUACCUGCAGAGCGCCUGGAACUGCAUCCUUGCCGGCAUGGCCCUGCUGGACUUUCUGGUGCUUUUUUUCUGCCUGCCGAUCGUCGUCUUCCACGAGCUAACUUCCAGGCGCCUGCUGGGAGAAGUGUCCUGCCGCCUGGUGCCCUACCUGGAGGUGACAUCUUUGGGCGUGGCCACCUUCAGCCUUUGUGCCCUGAGCAUCGACCGCUUCCGCGCCGCCACCGCUAACUCCGCCCCCGGGCCCGCCCCCGAGUCCUGCCACUCCAUCCUGUCUAAAAUGUCUGUGAUCUGGCUGGGCUCACUGACGCUGGCAGCACCUGAGCUGCCGCUGUGGCGGCUGCGGCAAGAAGCCGCGGCGGCAGACGUGUGUGAGCGCGAGCCAUCAGAGCGGUUGCCCGACGGCGUUUACUCGCUGGUGCUGACCUAUCGGGAGGCUCGGGCCUGGUGGAUGCUGGGCUGCUACGUCUGCCUGCCGCUGCUCUUCACGCUGGCCUGUGACCUCGUCACUAGACGGGUGUCGGCGAACCGACCCGUCGAAACCGUCAGCAGACGCUCCUCCUCUUCCGCGUCCUCUUGCAUAUCGUCACCUACGAAGAAGAAGCAUCACCAUCAUCAGCGGCAUCGACGCCAGCCUCAGCUCCGCUCCAUCGUGGCGUGGCUGACCGCUUUAUACGUGGCCUGCAACAUACCCGACAGUAUUUGCAGCAUCACGUUAACGUAUGUGGAGGUACCGGCAGGGGUGACGGCAGCGGCGAGUCUGGCCGGACACUUCUUCCUGUUCGCCCGUUGCGCCGCCACGCCUGUGCUGCUUCUAUGCUUGUGCCGCCAACUUGGUCAGGCCUUCCUAGACUGCUGCUGUUGCUGCUGCGACGAAUGCCGUCCCGAUGCAGCGCCGCCUUUGCCGUCCGCGGCUUCCUCGCCGACAACGACGUCCCUGGCGCCGUCAUCCAAAAUGGACGACGACGCCUCGCGAGCCAUCGGAACUCCAUGCUGA